AAAAAAAAGGAUUAACCAUAUUUCCAACUUUACAACAAAGUUAGAGAAGGUGGUUAAUCUUUUUUCCAUUUUUUUUUGCUUUCUCUUUAAUCUAAAAAUCAAACUUCUACAUGCUUCCAUCAUAACAAUAUUUUCAUCACAAUGUCUCUAAAGAAAUCAACAAAAAGAUCUCUAACAUCAGACAUGGAUGGAACCGUGCGACAAAUGAUGAAACUAAUCGAAGAGAAUGGAGAUUCAUUUGCACAAAAAGCUGAAAUGUAUUACCAAAAAAGACCAGAAUUAAUUUCUCUUGUGGAAGAGUUUUAUCGCGGUUAUCGAUCUUUAGCCGAACGUUACGAACAUGUAACAGGCGAAUUAUGGAAAAAUAUACCUUCUGAUCUUCAAUCACAAACUUCUGAUAAUGGUUCUGAACCAACUUCUUCUUGGCCUUCUCCUUCUCCUCGAAAAUUGGGACGUAGAAUAUCGAGUAAUCGCGCUGCAGGGUUCGAUUUCUUUCUUGGUACUAAUGGAAAUAAUAGUAAUAAUUAUGGUUAUGAUUCAUGUCAAAAAGAUGGUGAUGGAUGUUCUACUUUGAUGACAGAUUCUGAUGAUGAAUUUGAUGAUGCUUCAUCUAAUAAUAGUUGUUCUGGUUUUUUCGUGAAUUCAAGUGAUAAUGGUUUGAAUAAAAAGGUAGUUGAAUUGGAAAUCGAGUUACGUGAGGUGAAAGAAAAGCUUUUCAUUUAUGAACAAGAACAUGGUGAAGAUUUUGGUUCUAAAAACAAUGCAUAUGAACAAGAAUUGAGGAAUUUGAAUGAAAAGUUGAGGCUUUCUGAAGAGGAAAUUCAAAAAAUGAAAAUUGAGGUUGAAAAAUAUAAGUCAUUGGAAUCAACACAUUUGCAUGAUGAUGAUACUAAUGAAUUAUUAUCAUCAACAGAAGAAGAUAUUAAGAUGGUAAAAGAAAAGGUUGAGGAUUCAGAUAUGCACAUUGCUUCAUUGAAAUUUGAGGCAAGUAACUUGGCUCACAAGGAAAGUAUUCAGAAUUUGCAGGAUCAACUUAACUUUUCUCACAAGGAAAGUUCUACUUGGAAAAUGAAAUUCAAUUCGGAGAAGAGAGAUAACACUAAACUUCAAGAAAGAGUUUCAAGGUUGAAAACGAGUCUAGCAGAUAGAGAGCAUGAGAUAAAUGAUUUGAAAGUUGUUUUAUCUGAUACAGAGCAAAAGAGUUUCUUUCAGAGAGCACAACUAAAGACUGAAGUGUCGAAACUAUUGACACAAAAAACUCAUUUGGAAGAUAAGAUUAAAGAAACUCAGUAUGAAAAAAGUGAUAUGGAAGAGAAGCUCAAAUGUGAAAUUGAGAUACUGAAGAAAGAUAUUCAGGACAAAAAGAACAAUAUAGAAGAUCUUAAUAUGAGACUUGAUGAUUUCAAUGAUGAAGUUGAAAACAUGAACAUGCAAUUGGAUCAAUUACAUAUGGAACAUAUGAAAAUGAGUAGUGGAAUGGAAGAAGCACUAAGACAUGUUGUGGAACUAGAAUCUAGAGUUAAGGAAUUAGAGGAUGAGAUUGAGAGGCAAAAGAUUGAAAUAUUAGAAGGAGCUGAAGAGAAACGUGAGGCUAUAAGACAAUUAUGUUUCUCACUUGAGCACUAUAGAAAUGGAUAUAAUGUGCUUAGACAAGCUUUCCUAGACAACAAGAGGUCGCCAAUUUUGACAUCAUAAUGAAUAGUUUUAAAUUGCAGUUGCAGUUAUGCUGCAAACAUUUAUAUUAUGGUAAAAUGCGGCCGAUGCGGUUGGAGAAAUCUCGAAAACCUUUAUGUUGCUGCUGCAAUUACAGUUUGAAAACGACCAUGUAUGUGAUCUUGUACAUUUACUAGUAUAAUUUUUCUUUCCCUUUUCUUAACCUAUUUUUUGUGUCUGAGAUGUAUUUCUUAUGCUUUGGAUGAAAUAUUUCUUAUGCUUUGUGUCAUGAGAAGGUAGAACAUAGAGGUGGUAGCCAUGGUUUGAUUGAUCACUUGUCUUGUUUUGCAUAUUUUGAUUCUAAGUGUCAUUCAGUUUUGUUAGUUAACUCUGCAUGAUAAACAUUUCUUGAGGAGAGAGUCCAUAGACUGAAUAAAUUGUCUAGGUUUGUGGACUAGAAAAUUUCAGAUAUUUGUAUUCUCAAUCUUUUUGAUGAGUUGCAUGUAAAUUUUAUCAUCUUCCAUAAAAUAGAGACAUCAAGUAUAUUGUUUA